AUGUCUUCUUGCUCCGUUUCAGCUUCCGAGAUCCCCAUCAUUACCUCCCCUCCCACUGUGGACAAUCCUGGGCCGGUCAAUGGUACGGAGUGCCGUCCUAACAGUGUCUGUGUUGAUGCUGGGAAGAUGUGUGGAGAAGGUAUGAGGAGAUAUGGAACAUGCUACGACAUGUGCACGCCUUCAGCAGGCAUCAUGAGCACCCCGACGUGUAUGACAGAAUUACCUCCUACGACCACACCCAUAUCACUUCUGGGAAACGUCUCGAUACCUGCGGUGCCUGAGAGAGAGGAUAAUCCUGCAUGUGCCGACAUGUCCUUUUUGUGCGCGCCUGUUGGGUGGUGA